GAGUAGAGAGGACGCCAUGUGCUUUUGAGGCAGAAGGACUGGAAGGAGACCUGGCUGUCAGAGACUUGACGUGUUUUUCUUUACAGGGACACCGGGACAAACGGCUCCAGUCACCGCUAGCAUGUACUGCACCAGACGCUGCCUCCGGACCGCGCUGCGGGCCGCGGCCAGCACACACCGGCAACAGCUUCAGCGGCAGACACCAGCCUUGUGUGCUCUUAGACUUCUGAAAACAAGUCCAGCUACCCAUUCAGAUGUCAUUGCCACCCCUCCACUAGACGGAGCACCCAAACAGUAUUCCCCCAAAAUCCAGCAGCUUGUUAAUGACAUAGCCAGCCUCACCUUGUUAGAGGUGUCGGACCUCAAUGAGCUCCUCAAGAAAACCUUGAAUAUUCAGGAUGUUGGAAUGAUGCCAAUGGGGGCGAUGGCUGCAUCAGCUGUACCUGCAGCUCAGGCUGCAGAGGAGGAGGAUGUACCGGCUAAGAAAGAGAAGACUCAGUUCACAGUAAAACUAACAGAACUAAAGGCAGCUGAAAAAGUAAAGCUUAUAAAGGAAGUGAAGAACUGCAUCCAAGGCUUGAAUCUGGUGCAGGCUAAGAAGCUAGUGGAGUCUCUUCCACAGGAAAUCCGGGCCAACGUAUCCAAAGAAGAGGCAGAGAAACUUAAAGCAGCCCUGGAGGCAGCAGGCGGCACUGUGGUGCUGGAGUAGAUCUAUGUGCCCGCAUGUCCACCUGCUCAUGUACUUCGUCCUUCAUUUUAUUAUUUCUGUUUUUUACACGACAAAGAGGAGGAUCCUAAGACAAAAGGAAACUAAGAAAUGCCUUCUGACAUUAAUACUGUCUCCUAACAGCAUCAGGUGGGGCGGUACAACUCAGACUGAACUUUCCAGGCACACAGCCUGCAAUCAUGGCUGCCCCGCUGUUGGCUUGUCCAUUUUUGUCCUCAUCUGUUUGUCUGAUGCUUGUGUAGCAAACAAGCUACGGAAAUACUGGCCUGUGUGCCAAAUACGUCAGUUGGUAAUUCUGUGUGUGUGUGUUAGACCUUUCACAGAAAAAAGGCUUUUUGCUGUAGGAACAUGGUUACCAGGUCGAUACAGAUUCCCAACAUUGAAGAACACCAGAUACUGUAUCUAGUUCAGAGGAUGGCAGAGCUGAGUCCUUAUGUUGCUCAUAGAAUUGUUCAUUAUGUGAUUAAAGUUGAAAUAUCAAUAUUU